AUGAUAAAUGAAGAGCUUCUUCGAGAGCUCGAGAACAUCGAUCGAAUACACUACAAGUCAUUAUGGCUUGAUGCAGCUGACGAUUUGGAUAAUAAACUCUUGGAACUGUUCAGCUUUGGUAAAGUACAAGAUGCAUCUAAUAUCGAUAUCAACGACUUCACGCACCUAAUGUGGCGGAAACUAAAAAGACUAACGCUUCUGGACUUAUGUUGCCGUAAAAGAACUUUAACUGUCGAAGAAAUACGAACGAAGUGUGGACUACAAAAUUCGAUAGAGGCUGAUCAAUUAUUGAUGAGUAUUGGCACUUGGGUAGAGUUCAGUAUUGAUCAAGUCAGCGGAGAGAUAUGUAUACUGCAGUGCCACGAGCAUCGGGAUGUUUACAACGGAGAAAAGUCCUUGAAGUUCGUUACAGUGGAAAAUUCCGGCCGAACAAUAUUGGAGGACCUUCGAAAAUGGAAAACCAAACUCACCUGUGAAUUGUAA